AUGAGCAGCACAACAACAGCGCGCCGGUCGACAAGACUGCGCACUCCCUCCCUCCGCCUGAUUGAGAAUGCGCAAUCCGAGUGGGACGACCUCUGUCUCCCCACUACCAUGGUGCCCCUGAAGCAGCCCUGCUUCUCAGCCCAACAAGCCUCCCCAAAACGUGCCCUCCGCACUCACGCCGCUACUGCGGCUGCGACCGCAGCUUCCAACUCCUCUGACCUUAUCAUGACCCAGACAGACAGGCCAGCCUCAAUGCGUGCUCGCUCAGACGCUGGCGCAGCCCCUGCCGUCAAGCCGCUGCUCUCUCUCUCUCUCUCUCUCUCUCUCUCUCUCUCUCUCUCUCUCUCUCUCUCUCUCUCUCUCUCUCUCUCUCUCUCUCUCUCUCUGUGCCAACCGCCCCCUCGCAUCAAAGCCACUUGUUUCGAUUGUCAGCGGACGGUCACGGCCGACGCUGCCACUGUCCAGUGUCCCUCCUGCCGGGCCAUCUUUCACACCCAUUGCCAGCCCCAGCUCGAGCAGCAACCCAACUACAAGCGCUCCGAUCCCACCUGGAACCCAAUGCGCAUCUGCACCCUCGGCUGCCAAAUCAGCAAAGACAUGGACAAACUCUCUGCUUGGCGUCGCAGCCCGGCUCAAACCCGCAGCGCCUCGGCUCGCUCGCUGGUCCGCGCCAUCACCCUUGGUCGUACUCCGCAGCGCGUCGCCGGUCAAGUCGAUGCAGAACCCUUGCGCGUCCUCAAUCCCUACGGCUGCAAAGGCUUUGAGCUGCGUCGCAAGCUCGUGAACCCACAGGACCAGGAACGCCUUCUUCACAUCAUUAACCAACGUCGCAUCGAGUGGGAAAAGAAGGUGUCGAUGCUGACGCCCAGCAUUCGAAGCAACAGUCGCAAAGUUUUCUGUUGCACCGAUGCUCAACGCCAGCUCCGUGGCGGCCGAUACGCAGCCACCCUGCGUGCCAGCGGCACCGUUGACAAACUCGAACUCCGUCUCAAAUCGGGCCAGGACAUAUCCGACUACAUUGGUCGCGCCUUCUUAACGCAAGACCCCUUUGUCAUUCACACCGAGCUGUUGUGCCAGCAGGUUUCGUGGCACUUUGAAGAUUUGGAGCUACACUGUGAUCGAGACCGCCGCGACAAGACACAUGACCGACAAAACGUGGAGCUGGAUGGUGUCGGGGACCGCAUCACCUCGCUAACGCUCCGUUCGCCGUGCUGGUUGUUGAUGCGGCAGCGCUCAGACAACACGAACUGCUUUGCCGUUUGGCUCAACCCGGGUGAUGUGUAUUCGCUCAGCGGCGAGGCUCGGUGGGACUGGCAACACGCCAUCCUUCUCCCAAACCCCGUGCCCACACGCGAUGAGAAGCAGAAGACGGACGAGUGUCGCGUCAGCAUAGUCUUUCGCUUUAUUGAAGAGUAUCCCGAGUAA